CUCUCCCUCCCUCUCCUUUCCUCCCUCCCUCCCUCUCUCCAAUAGCGAUGUGUUGUUUCAGUAUUGUAUUGCUUGGAAGACUAACAGUAAAUCGGUUCUAUCACAUAUUGAUCUCUCAAAGAAUCAGCUUGAUGAAAAAUUUAUUGAGAGUUUCUGCUCUGGUCUGGAAUCCCUUCAACAUGGCCUCCAAACCUUGAAACUAUCAAAUUGUAAAAUAUCAACAAAAGUUGGUUCACUGAUAGCUAAUGCUAUGAAACAGAAUCAGGAUCUUCUUUAUUCUCUCACUCAUCUUGAUUUGUCUGAGAACCCACUGGGCCCUGAGUCCCAAGGGCCGCUAGUGUUCCUCAAAGAGCCUCAGACAGUAACAACCCUUAACCUCUCAAAGUGUGGCCUUAACUUUGAGCUGGUGUUUCCCAUAUUAUUGAGAGGAUGUCAGCAACACUUGAGAGAUUUGGAUCUGAGUCAAAACAGAAUCAAUGUUAAGAAACUCAAUGUGACCUCAUUGGGUCAGAUUAUGCAGCAGUUCUUCAGCUCAGCAAUAUCACUGCAAGUCAUUAACCUCAGUGACUGUAAACUCACUCCUGAUCUUGCUAUUGCUAUUAUGGAAGGACUGUCAGUUAAUCCUAACAUUAGUGACACUACACUUAACCUUAGCUCUAACGAGUUGGGUCACGGUCUUGAUGUACGGUCCAUGUCUGAUUCCUUGUCACGACUAAAAAAAGUCAAUACACUCAACAUAUCUAAUACCAACAUUGAUCAAGAUUUGUCACGUCUAAUUGAAGCUCUGGGCCUCAAUAGAAGCAUCAAGCACCUCAGUAUUGGACAAAACUUUGAAGGAAGAGAAAGGAUUGAAGGUGUCAAGCAGUUGUGCCGUAUGAUCAAAGCUGAUGAUUGCUGCUUGGAAUCUCUUGAUAUCUCAGACUCGAAACUAAAAGAGGUGACGUCAGCAAUACUGAACUCCCUUAUCUAUAACGACUCCAUUGUGAAGCUGGACAUAAGUGGGAAUGGAAUGGGAACUCAUGGAUUGAGAGCAAUGGUCAAGUUAUUGCUGUCUGGAACUCAAUUAAAGUAUGUUACUCAUACCAUACAGACACAA